AUGAAGAUGCUGACUUCACAGUAUGAUGGGCAAAGUGGAAUCAGGGAGCACAUUAUGAGCAUGUGUGACAUGGCAAAUAAGCUGAAGACACUGGAUAUGGCUAUCUCUGAUGGUUUUCUGGUGCAUUUCAUCAUGACUUCUCUGCCAGUACAGUACAGUCCCUUCAAAAUAAGCUACAACACUCAGAAGGCGACUUGGAGCAUGGCUAAGCUCAUUAGCUACUGUGUUGAGGAAGAAGAAAGGCAGAAAGCUGAAAGGAUGAAGGAUGCUGUCAACAUGGUCAGCGACCGCUUUGGGCGUGUUAGCAUGAAUAACACUUCUAAGCAUCAGGCUGAGUCUGGCAGCAACAGGCAGCAUAAGAAAAAGUUUAAGGGCCAUAAGAGCAAGGCUGUGUCACGUAAGAAGACCUCUAAUGAGAGGCUGUGCAAGUUCUGCAAGUCACCUAAACAUGAGCAGAAGGAAUGUCAUGGAUUUAAGGAGUAG